CCUAAAUCCCUAAUUCAUAUAUUAGGAACUUACUAAAAAGUUCUUUUCUGCAUUUUUGUUGUUUUCGGCAAAUCCUUAAACCCUUUCAAUAAAAGAGCUUUUCUCUAGAUCCCAUGGCUGCCAACAACACCCCAGCUGGAAUAGACAAAGAACAGGCCUUUGGCAUGGCGGAAGCAGAGAUGGAAUAUAGGGUAGAACUCUUUAACAGGCUUACACAAACGUGUUUCAACAAGUGCGUUGACAAAAGGUACAAGGAGCCUGAGCUAAACAUGGGUGAAAAUACUUGCAUUGAUCGCUGUGUUUCAAAGUAUUGGCAGGUGAAUGGUAUAAUUGGCCAGAUGCUCAGUGCUGGUGGUCGGCCUCCGAUGUAAAACACUGCCAUCCUCCAUAUUCUAAAUUCUGUUUUACAUGUAAAGCAUGACUAGUCCUGCUGCUGGGAAAGGAGAUGGGAAUUAAGUAUAACAUGUCUUUAAUGUCUUCUGAGACUACAUUUUGUUAUGAUGCAAUGUUUCUGUCAGUUUUCUAUUAGUUGCAAUACUGUAAAGAUUUUGGUGCUAAAUCAGAAGUUCCAUUUGACUCUUAUGCACUAUUUUUAAAGAAUUUUACUACAUGAAGUACAGCUUUGUUUGCUACCUCAUUGGUUUGGAUAAUG